UUUUUGCAAUAUUUGAUACUUUCCUAAUUUUUUAUAUUCUUUUUUGUAAUUAUUUAAAAACUAAAAUAGUUGGAAAAAUGAACCUUUGCAAAAUUCCCGUGCCAGUAGAAGACAAUGUUGGAGACAAUCGGUGGAUAAGCAUCCACAACAGAUUCCUUUCUGAAGGAAGAGAAAAAGAUGCGGACGUAAUCUUUAUAGGAGACUCCAUCAUCCAAGCUCUACAACACACCGAUGUUUGGAAUGAACUCUUUGUGCCUCUUCACUGCCUUAAUUUUGGUGUUCACAGGGACAGAAUUGAAAAUGUCUUAUGGAGGGUACAAAAUGGAGAAUUAGACAAUGUUAAACCAAAAGUGAUAGUUCUGCAUGUAGGAACAAAUAAUUACAAUAAUACUGUUGAGGAAAUACAUGACGGCAUUGUGGAACUUAUACAGGCAAUCAGAGAGAGGCAUCCAAACGUUUACAUUGUGUUACCAACAUUAUUACCUAGAGGACAAAAUCCUAACUCAUUAAGGGACAAGUUUGGGCAAGUCAAUGAAAUGCUUAAGACUAGUUUAGCAAAAUUCCCUAAAUUGGAAUUAGUGUCAAUUGAUAAAGGGUUUAUCCAACCAGAUGGCACAAUAAGUCACCAUGAUAUGCAUGACUAUUUACUACUUACAAAUGCAGGGAGCAAAAAAGCAUUUGAACCUGUACAUGAGUUGAUUCUGCAAUUGCUCCAUGAAGGGGACUCAGAAAAAGAGUUACUGUCUGAGUAACUUGUAUUUUAUAAGCAUAUUGAAAGAUUUAAAGACAGUUUUUCGUGGCAGCUAAGUAGCUUAUUAUUUAUUGUUUUAUUUUGUUUACCAUUAUGUUAUAAGCCACUUUAUUAGAACAUUAGGAUUGCUUCUAUUGAGGAAAGUUGUUGAUUUCUAACCGAAAGUAUUAUUACAACCAAGUCACUACAAGAAAUUUUACCAGUUUGGUUCUGUGUUUGAUAAUUUGUAGAACCUAUAGUAGUAGAUACAUAUAAACUUACUUCUUACCUUAGGGUAGAUAUAUAUUUCCUAUUUUCAUUAGAUUAGUAUAAGCUGUCUUUUUUUUUCAAGCUUCCAAAGCUCGAAUAAUUGUGAUACUUUCUUGAGACUAUUUUUCUUUAUUUUCAUUGCAUUCCAAAGAAAUUUUGCGGCUGUACAGGACUAUGAACUAUUUUUCUAUAAUUUUGUUAUAAUAAAAUUUCAGUUUGUAUGCUCUGAUAAUAGCUUUGUGGACUCAAAUGAGAUUUCUUAUUUAAGACUGAUUAACUAACAUCAUGAUCAUAGUUAAAGACCAAUGCCCAAAGCAGGUUUUUUUUAAUCUUGAAGUUUCUUUUAAAUAAUAUUUUCUAUUUCCAUUUAGCAUAUAUUUUUUUUUUGGUCUUUAUAGGUUUAUUUAGAUAAGAGACAUGCAUAUUAUUUGUUAAAUGAUAGGCUAUAAACCAGGCUCAUUACUGUAAAAUAUAUGUAAGAAAAUUAAAAUAAAAAGUUUUGCCAUUUUUAAUAUGAAA